CUGCAAACCAGAUCUGGGUUCUCUCUCAAACUUCAUCUUUUUCCUCCUUUCCUCCUCCCUCCUCAUCCUUCUUCUUUCUUCUUCUUAUUCUUUAUUUCUCUCUCUUCUCCCUUCUUCUUCUUCUCUCAAACCCAGAUCUGGGUUUUUCUCAAACCCAGAUCUGGCAUUUCAGCAACCUAGCUCACCUCGUCCAUCUUGGACGCGCUCGUGGCUCUGCUACUACUGCUGCUAUUGCUUCUCCUCUGUGACUUGUCUCAAUCUCUUCGCGUUUCAAUGUAGUUCCCUUCCCCUUCUCGUCAAAUCUUAGCCUUUCAAUCCCUAUACUCUACUACCAUCAUGAAACCUUUUUCAGUAUUAAAUCUUACUUCUCUGCUCCCAACAAUGCAACUCUCGAUUCAUUUGAUCACCUUCUUCAGCAAUGCUCAACAGCCCGUCAAUGCAAACAAGUUCAUAAUCAGAUCCUCAUUGGCGAAGUUGUUCGACACGAGCCCAUUUGAGCAUACCUCAAACUUGCUUUUGUGGAAUUCAAUUUUGAGAGCUAAUGUCUCUCAUGGUUACUAUGCAACUGCCCUUAAAAUUUAUGUCAAGAUGCGUAAAUAGGGUAUUUUUGGUGAUGCCUUCACUUUCCCUUUGGUUAUAAGGGCUUGUGCGUUUCUGGGUAGUUCUUAUGUGGGAAAGAAUAUUCAUAAUCAUGUGUUACAAACUGGAAAUCAGAAUUGUGGUCAUGUUGUUAAUGAAUUGCUGGGGAUGUACACAUAGCUGGGCAAAAUGGAUGUUGCACGCCAUCUGUUUGAUAAAAUGUGUGAAAGAAACAAAAUUUCUUGGAAUAUGAUGAUUUUGGGUUUUGCAUUGAAUUAUGAUUGUGAUGGUGUUUUUGAGAUGCUUGAGCCGAUGGAGUUGGAAGGUUUGGAGCCAGAUGAUGUGACAUGGACAUCGUUGUUGUCAAGUCAUGCUCGAUGUGGGCGGAAUCAAGAAGCUUUGAAGUUGUUUGAUUCAAUGAGGAUGGGAGGAAUAAGGGUCAGUGCUGAAGCACUUGUUGUGAUGUUGUCUGUCUGCGCUAAUUUGGUGGCCUUUAACAAGGGAAAGGUGAUUCAUGUUUAGGUGGUAAAAUGUGGUUUUGAAAGCUACUUGUUUGUGAAAACCCAGUUUCUUCACAAACCCAGUUUCUUCACCUUGAACACGAGGGAGUAGCAGUGCC